AUGUCGAAGACCAAAGUCAUCAUUGCAGGUGCAGGCAUCGCUGGCCCAGUGCUAGCCGUGUUCCUCAAGAACAAGGGAUACGACCCCAUCAUCUACGAGAGGACCGAUCAUCCGACGGUCCACGGCCUAAGCCUGGCUCUGCAGACCAACGGCCUAAGGGUGCUCUCCCUCCUUCCGGGGUUGCUCGACAAAGUCGUGGGCGGGAAUGUCCAGCAACUGAUCCAGUACUCCACACUGCCAGAAGACCUGGGCGAACUCACGCGAAGCGACGGGCCUGCCCGCGUCAAGGCCGAGUACGGUUUCGGUAUGAGAGGCGUUGGCAGGGUCGCGUUCCACCACACCUUGCUCGAACACGCCAAGGAGAACGGCAUCCCGAUCGUCUUCAGCCACCAGCUCGUUUCCUUCGAGGAGACGGCAGACUCCGUCACGGUCACCUUUGCCAACGGGAAGUCCGACACGGGCAGCUUCCUGGUCGGAUGUGACGGCCUGCACAGCAAUACGCGUGAAUGUCUCUUCGCGAAGCAAGAGCCGACCUUCACUGGCCUUGUUCAGACCGGCGGCAUCUCAGAAACCCCAGAAGAGCUGCUCACACCUCCUGUUGCGGUCAACAUAUACGGCGAUGGGGCGCACAUGAUAGCAUACCCCAUCAACACUCACCAAACCUCCUGGGCGAUCACCACGCAGGAGGCUGAGGCCAAGGAGAGUUGGCGAGCCAUGGAUGAAGGGGCGCAGGAGGUCUUCAGACAUGGGCCUUUUUCUAGUUGGCCGUUCGGAGCUGGGCCGUUGGUGGCAGGCGGAACGAACAUCGUGAAGUACGGCAUUUACGACCGACCCAAGCUGCAAUCAUGGCACAAGGGAAGAGUAGUCCUGCUAGGAGACGCUGCUCACCCUACGAGCCCGCAUCUCGGGCAGGGGGCAAACCAAGCGUUCGAGGACAUCUACCACCUCGUACGGCUUCUGCUCCAGCACAACCCCGACGCUGCCGUGCCGUCAACCGAGCUUCUUGGCAAGGUCUUCAGCGAAUACGAGACGCUCCGAAUCGAACGCACCACGGCGCUCGUGAAGCAGGCCCGCCACCAAGGCGAAGUUCGAGUUGUCAAUGGCGUCGAGGAGUGCAAGAAGCGCAACGACCACCUGCGCACCCAGGACGACAUGUUCUCCGAGGGGAGAUACCACCAAAUCAUGGCGUACCCUUUCGCGAUUGGCCACAGCGAGAUCUAA